UGUGUAUUAGAUAAGUGAUCAGAAAUAUGAGGAUCUGUCUAUGAGGAAAUCUCUAAGUUGUAUUAGUAGGAGUGGAAUGAGUCGAUAUACACUAUAAGAAUUCGAUGUACUCACAACCGCCAGUCAGAGAGCACACCGAUAAAUGGCGCGUAGAAUGUUCGGAUUAUUUCGCUAAUUACCCAGCAACUCGUUUCAUGUGUGCGUUCACCAAACCGGUGGAGUCUUCCGUAAUUAUAUUGAGAUAAUUACAUAUUUUGAUGUGAAUGUGAGAAGGUUUUGAUAAAAUUUUUAAACAUUUGUAGUGAUGAACUUAAGCGAUACAUUUAACUUUUCAGACUUUGAUACCCGGCAGCAUGAGUACCCCCUGGAUAUGCUCGUUUCCAUCCCCGCCGGGGAGGUGGCCGUAAAGAUAACAGUAUAUACUCUACUGAUUUUGAUAGCUUUAAUAGGAAAUACUCUCAUCAUAUUGGUAGUUUUGAAAAAUAAACGAAUGCAAACGACCACGAACUAUUUUCUUGUGAAUCUGGCGGUGUCCGACUUGGUAGUAUCCUUAAGUUGUUCUUGGGUUCAUCUGGUUGACGAUUUGACCGAAGGAUGGGUUCUUGGAGACUUUUUCUGUCCAUUUAACACUUUUGCUCAAGUGGCAUCUCUCGUUUCGAGCAUUCUCUCGUUGACCUUGGUGGCAUGUGACCGGUUCUUUGGAAUAGUUUACGCCAUGAAAGCUCACAUCAUAGAAAGAAAAGCAAAACCAGUGAUUAUAGCAAUAUGGGUAAUUUCGGCAGCAGUAGCAUUACCUAUGUUAAUAUACAGAAGAGUACACGAAAGACAUUGGAAAAAUCACGUUGAAAAAUGGUGUGAUGACGUAGAAUGGUGGAUAGACUUAGGGAAUGGAGAAUCCCAUUAUCAUCGGCCAGCCCGAGUAGCAUACUGGACAUGUGUCUCCGUCAUUCUCUUCUUUCUUCCCAUCAUCGCAAUGGUUGGGGCAUAUUGUGGAAUAAUAAAAACACUAUGGUCAACUAAAAUACCAGGGGAGCGGGUUUACAAAGAAAAUAUGGUGCAAACAAAAAUGAAAAGAAAGGUGAUAAUUAUGCUGAUAGUUAUUUUGGCGGUAUUCGCUCUCUGUUGGUGCCCAUUACAGAUCACCAUUUUAUAUUCUGAAUACAGAGGAAACCACACUGAGCGGCUUGAAGAAUGGUAUAUACAUUUGGAAUUUUCUGCCAGAUUACUAGCAUUUUCAAAUAGUGCAUUUAAUCCCCUAAUAUAUGCCGGCUUUAAUGAAAACUUCAGAAAAGGUCUCUUCAAUCUUUUGGGUUGUUACAAAAAGAUUCGUUGGACACCAGUUAAUCGCAUGGACUCCUUUAGAAGUACAACUUUCAAUUCUACAAAGUCAGAGCAUCUAGAUUUAAUUAACCGCCAUUAUUUUUCUAAAGAAAGCCUUGAGCGCCCAACGUCAAAAGCGUUACAUUCCAUGUAGAGAGACAAGGCGAAGCACGACCACUGUGACAUUCAACGCCAUACAGGCCGAGGAUGUCUUGUAACUCAGACG